GACAGUUAUGAAACACUAAAAAAAAGAUAAUACCGUUUGACACUUAACAAGAAAAUGUUGAGAAGUCGGGUAUAACAAUAAUAAAUUGAAUUUCGACUAAAUAAAAAUAAAAACUGAUUUUAAUUGAAUAGUUAGACGGGUAAAUGUGAGAGUUUUAACGGAAAGCUUUUCCGAGUUAGGUUUUGAAAUUUCCAAAUCAGCUGUGAGAUGAUAGGUACUAGUAGCCCAUUCAGAAGAACAAGUGUUACGUCAGUCUCCACGGGUUUUUAAUUCAUUGAAAUUUAUCUCCAUAUUUUCAUUUUUUUAAAAUUCGUACCCACACUCUCUGCACGGGGAUCAAUUAGUUUCGAAAGUGCAACUGAAAAAAAUGAACUUCAACUUCGGAAUAAAUAGCUUUUUAAGGCGUGAGAUCACGAAGAUUGACAACACUCUUCUGCCAGAAGGAUUCGCCGGCGACAGAAGGAGCAUGAGGGCAUGUAUGCAGGUGGUAAAUGAUAUUUUAAACGAUAUGGGCCUGGCGUCGGCUAAGGCACAAGGUCUUGUAAAACCUAUAACGAGUGCAGACAAACUGAGAAAUUCGGAGCAUAUUGUCUACCUUCUUGUCGAUAAAGAAGGCAACAAAUCGAAUGGAUCUGUGAUAGGAAUGUUGAAAAUGGGAAGGAAGCGGCUGUACAUGUUUGACGAACGUGGACAAUGUAAUGAGACUGUGCCCCUCUGCGUACUCGACUUCUACGUUCACGAAUCAAAACAGAGGAUGGGCUGUGGAAAAAAACUCUUCAAUUAUAUGCUACAUGAGGAAGGGGUGGAACCAGAAAAACUGGCAAUUGAUCGUCCUUCAGAGAAAUUUCUCAGAUUCCUUCAAAAACAUUACAAUUUAACACAUUCUGUACACCAGACUAAUAAUUUUGUUGUUUUUUCUGGCUUUUUCAACAAUACACCUCAAGAUAAAGAAACUCAUUUAAAAAGUUCUCAUCAUUGUGGAAUCUCAUCACCCCAAAUUUCACCAUACAGUACUGGGAACAAAUUAACGUUCAAUGGAAGGCACACUGCUUUCAAGCGAGAAACAACUAUGGGACAGAUAAUUCAAACUAAUCAUCUGAUGUAAGAUGAAAAAAAGUUGCCGGAGAACAACGGUGAGAAGUGAAUUGAGCACAAAAUUCUGCACGUUCUCGACGACACAUCAAGCUAGCACAUUUCUGCCAAUCUGGCGCUGGAAAAUAAUCCCUUAUACAAAUACUCAGCAAAAUUAUAGUUCCUUGUUUUGUUUAUUUCAUUUUAUGUUUUCUAUUUUAAAUACACACACAAAAUACACACGCAUAUAUACACACACACACUACAUACACAGACAUAAACAUACAUAUAUGUGAUUAUUUAUUAAGUUUUAAUGUUUUAUCCUAAAGGGCUUUACUUGCAUUACAUUUGCACAUGUGGGUUAACUUAUUUUGUUUACUUGUUAAAUAUUUAUAAAAUUCUUAGAUUCAAUGAAAUUGUUAUAGCUGAUCAAUUAUCAUAUAUAUCACUAGAUGUUAUUAUUUUUAAGAAAGGCAUUUAUUUACUUUGUUACCCUUCGAACCAAAUUGUUAUCUUCUAGUGCAUUUUUGCUAUAAGUCUCUGUGCAAUACAAACCCUAAGCAGGAUGAUCUUUUAAAAAAAAUCAUUCUUCUUGUUUUUUUAAAUAAGUUUUAUAAAAUGUUAUAUUCUGACAUUUAUGCUCCAUGCUCCGUGUUGAUUUUUUUUAUAUGGUUAAAAAUAAUGUUAUAAUACUAUAAAAUAGUAUGUACCAAUGUUAUGGGCAGCUCAAGAGGUUUAUAAAUAUUAACUGCAGCAACAAGAUUUUUAUAUGCAACAUGUAUUCAGUAUUGAUCCCAUAUAUAUAUUUAUAAGUGUAAAAAAAGUAUUUUAUGAUACAAAUUUGUAUUCAUUGAAUAGAUUGAAUGUACAUAAAAAAGAAGGAAAGUAUAUCUUUUGUACAAUUUUCAUAUGGUAAUUAUUACAAAUUUUUACAUAAUUCAUAGUCGGUUAUUGAGACAAUAAAUUUGUACAGUUGGAAUGUUAAGCAUAAAGAUAUUGAAUAAUUUAUAACAAAUUUUAUUAAAUAUGUUGAAACAUGGAAGCAUUUACUUUAAAUAUUUAAGUUGACUUUCUGUACAAAAGAAGGUGAAUAUCUAUUAAAUUUAAUUAAAUGCGAAAAAUUUUGUGCCUAACCAAAUCGCUUUUCUAAGAAAAUUCAUAUUUGGCUACUUGAUUUUAACAAUAUUAUCAUAAUGUGAUAAUCCAUUUGUCAUAUAUGUUUAACUCACUUAAACAGUAUUAUCCCAAUGUGAAUUAGCCUGUGAUAUGUGGAUAUUUUGGAGUGUAACUCUUAUUAUUUAUUAAUUACAUUAAAUCAUGUUUUCACUGUUUGCACUAAAUUUUAAUCUAAGCUUGCUUUUUUUAAUAUGUAUAUUGAAAUAAAACAAUGUGGUUUAUGGUGA